CCUCCCCCUCCUCUCCCCAAUCUCACAAAAUCCCCAAACCAUGCUCACCAAACUAGCCCAAAAGCUCAGCGACAUAGACCUCUACUUCCUCCGCUCCACCGCUGGCGAACUCUUCCUCACCUUCCUCUUCGUCUUCACCACCGUCGGCGCCGCCAUGGCCUCCGCUAAGACGAGCGCAGGAAGAGAUUCUGUAACAGGAUUAAUGGUUGCGGCGGCGGCUAAUACGUUGGCGGUGGCGGCGAUAGUGUCCGCCGGAGCGAAGAUCUCCGGCGCUCAUCUGAAUCCGGUGGUGACGCUGGCAAUGGCUUUGGGUGGCCGUAUAAGCUGGCUUCGUUUUGUGUUCUAUUUUAUUGUUCAGUUGGUGGGUUCUUCACUUGCCUGCUUGGUUCUCAGAUUCAUCUCCGGUGGGAUG